AUGGAAACACUACGCGGACCUCAGUUUACGAUGAACGAUGGUAACACGCUGGUGACGGAGGUGGUAUCUGACGAUGAUUCGCAUCUUUGCCUCUAUGUAUUAUUGCAGGACAUGCUUAAAAUUGGUGAUCUUGUUGUUGGAUUUGACAUUGAGUGGGGUUUCAAAGGAAGUUCUACGAGCGGAUCAGGAAGCAGAUCUGGCAGAAAUACUGAACAUCAUUCUCAGUCUGACAAGUCUGAGCUCCUUACCAGGAAAGUAGAACAUCACAUUGCUGUGUUAUCCUUCUGCACUAGACUUGGCUGUGUCCUAAUACGGCUCGCUCCUAAUCAUAUUUCUCCAUCUCUAAAACGCUUCUUUUCAAUCAAGGACAUUAUGUUUGUAGGAGUUCAUAUCAAGGAAGAUCUUCAAAGGCUGAGAAGUGUCCAUGAUCUGGUGGUUCGGAAUGCAGUGGAUUUAAGUGACUUGGCUGCUAAAAUAUAUGACCAGCCUCGAUUCCUUGUUUAUAAUGCAAGGGAAUUGGCCUGCAAAAUAGCUUCACUACGAGUAGACCCAAAACCUCUCAAUGUUUUAUGGUCAAAUUGGUUUGAGAAUACUCUUAGCCCUGAACAGAUCGAGUCAGCAACUAUUGAUGCUUAUGCAACGUACAGGAUUGGCAAAAAGCUUAUGGAAAGCGGUAGCAGCAGUGUCAAGAGGUUGUUCUUGUAA